GCGUGACUGUACUGUUACAUGAUAUGUGUCUAAAAGUGAAAGGUCAUCAUGGUUGGGUACAAUAAGGAACCACCGUAUUGUGCAACAAGAGACAAAAUGUGAAGCGCUCGAAAACACAAAUUCCCUGACGCAGAUCAAACGAUUAUUCCUACGAAACGACAAAAUCGUUCAAAAUGCAUGAUAAAAGUAAACCAAAUGACGAGCUCUUGCCUCCAACUUUCAUUAAUAAUGWUGAACAAAGAAGUGUCAGUGGAUCGAGUUCCAGCUUGUACGACGAGCCUARAGUGAUCCAUCGCGGAGAAGAACCAGCACUAAGCGGCCUGACAGUUUUUACAGCAUCAGUAUUUGUCAUCGGGGAGAUGGCAGGCAGUGGUGUAGUUGCCCUACCCUCUGCGAUGGUUUCUGCAGGACCUAUGGGGUUUGUGAUGCUUGUAUUAGGAUGCCUUGCUUCGGGAUAUUGUGGGGUUGUUCUAGGAAGAUGUUGGAGCAUUUUGCGAUCCCGUCAUCCCGAGUACCAGCAACAUGUGAGAGAGCCUUAUCCGGCCAUUGGYAGGAAAGCCGUAGGAAAAUGGGGAGCGAUUGCAGUCAAUAUCUCUAUUAACAUCACACUUCUAGGUGUGUGUAUAGUAUUCCUUAUUUUGGCGUCACAGAAUCUCAACAAACUCAUCACAUCACAUAUCGAAGUACAUUUUUUUAAAGAAGGACAAAACUCACUGCGCAUAUGGCUAUUGAUAUGCGCCGCUGUACUACUGCCAUUUUCGUGGCUCGGUACUCCCAAGGAAUUCUGGAUAAUAGCAAUUGGUGCAAGUAGUGCUACUGCUCUUGCUUGUUUACUAACUUGUGUUGCUAUUGGAAUUGAAAUACCAAGUGAUCUGAGUAAAGUUGAACAGAAGGAAGUCUCGUUUUUGUCGUUUUUUUCAGCGUUUGGUACGAUUCUGUUUUCUUUCGGAGGAGCCUCUACAUUUCCUACUAUUCAAACAGACAUGAAGCAUCCUGAACGUUUCCCGUUGUCUGUUGUAUUUGCAUACAUCGUUGUGCUCUCUAUGUAUGUACCUGUCUCUGUAUUAGGGUAUCUCGCAUAUGGAGCCGACAUUGAAGACAACAUUCUUCUGUCCAUAACUCACGAUAGCACCAAGCCAAUAUCAGUUCUUAUAGACAUCGUUCUUUGCUUGAUUACAAUGCAUCUUUUAUUCAGUUUUGUGAUCGUGAUGAAUCCGGUAUCGCAGCAUUUUGAAGAAUAUUUUAAAAUACCAAAAGAAUUUGGAUGGAAGCGUUGUUUACUACGAACUGGUCUCAUGAUAUUUAUUCUCGGCAUAGCUGAGCUUAUUCCUAACUUUGGUCCAAUUCUGUCUCUGAUUGGAGGAUCUACCGUCACUCUACUAACGUUUGUAUUCCCGUGCUGGUUUUACCUUAAAAUAGAGAAAAACAUACCACUCCACACUAAAGCUAUUCUAUUUGAACUUAUUGCUAUAGGGGCAGUGGGUGGGGCUGCAUCUACAUAUUCAGCCAUAGAUGCAAUCAGAAAAGUUUUUAAAUUAUAGAAAUAUGAAUGAAAAAGUUAAGAGAUGCUUUACACAAUAACAGUCAAAAUGAUUUAUAGAUUGUAUUAGAAGCUUAUGUAUAUACACAAACGCAUGCAUAAAGCAUAUCAUGAAUACUGAAAUAUAUUCAUUAAAAAAUGAUAUAUAAUUUUAUCAAUACAAUAAAAGAUAUUUAGUCAUUUUAA